AUCAACAUUCAGAUGCUUGGCAACUGGUUCAUAUUUAUGACAGUUGCAGUGCUCCAGAUCUUUUGUGACCUUCUGACAGGCAAAGUCGGUGGGGAACCCAGACUCACUUAACAACCAUGUUAAUAAACAACCACAGUGUGGCAAGAUAGGUUGUAAAAUGGGGCAAAACUUGCUUAACACAUGUCUCACUUAGCCACAGAAAUUUUGGGCUCAACUGCAGUCGUAAGCCGAGGAUUACCUGUACUGAAUGUUGAGGAUCCAGCAACAGGCAAAUGGGGUCCUGCUUAAGUUGCACAACAGCGAGUUGAAGGCAGCGGUGGGAUUCAAAUAUGUGAACAACCGGUUCUCUGUGUGGAUGCCGCUUCCGGAAAUCCCUUCUAGGCCUGGGCAACAAAAAAUUAGCUGCCAGUGGUGCGAACCAGCUGAAUCCCACCACUGGUUGAAGGGCUAAGAGAACACUGAAGGUGGCACCCAUGGCCCAGGAGACUGAUAGGGAAUACUUGAAGGAAGGGCUCCAGCCUAUUAGUGAGGAGGACCACUCAAUGAAGGGGUACAUAUACCGCAUCUUCAGACACACCCCUAUUGUAGCAAAGGAGAGGAGACUGUGUGUGUGUGUGUGUGUGUGUGUGUGUGUGUGUGUGUGUGUGUGUGUGUGUGUGUGUGUGUGUGUGUGUGUGUGUGAGAGAGAGAGAGAGAGAGAGAGAGAGAGAGAGAGAGAGAGAGAGAGUGUAGAACGUCCGCUCAGGUGAAGCAGGAGAAAAGUGCGCGGGCAAAACAAACCCACUCACGCAUACACAUCCCCGCCGCUCUUCCCGCCUCCCGGACCGACUGAGCAGCUGCUGGCAGAAUGCGCGCCAAAGGGGGCGCCCACAGAGCUCGCGCCGAAGGUAAACAGAGCCGGGAAAAACACGCGGCUGCCGCCGCUACUGCUGUUGGCGGUGGCCCGCGCGUCUUCUCCGCUUGGCAAGUCCGCCGCCUCUCGGCUGCGUAUCUCAGUCAUCCGGCUUCAGGCGUUGCAGGAGCUCCCGCCGGCAUGUAAGAGGAUUGUUAACAGUUGGGCACUCUCCGAAGCUGCUUCCCAGCUCCCCCCUUCCCACCUCGCGAAGAGGUGGCGGUGAAAGCGAAGAGCCACCUGGGCUUACGGACUAAGCAGCCCCAUCCUGCCUCAGGCGCUGCUUUCCCGCCUUCCUCUUCCUCCCUCCACAGCCAUCAGCAGCAGCGGUACCAGCACCCUUCCCCCCUCCCUUCCGCAAGACCAGGCGGCGCGCAGGUGGCGGGAACGAAGCGCGGGGGGGUGUGAGGGGCUUCGCCGGUGGCAACUGCCGGGCUUGCUGAAAGCUGCCUACGAGCGCCCUGCUGUUCGCCCACCGACCAUGUUCCUCCGUUGCUGCUGUAGUGGCGGCAGCCGCUCGCUGCUGCGUCUCCUAUUUGUGCUGGGUGUUUCGGCCCUGGCCGGGGCGGCCGCGUCGUGCUCUUCUUCUUCGCCACUCAGCGAGGAUUCGGUGCAGGGGCUGGUCCGGCUCGCUUCCGUGGUGAUCGAGGGCAAGGUGCUGGCUCACAGCGUGGCCGAACUAACGGCUGGCCGGAAAGGAGAAGGAGGAGAAGAAGAAGAAACGACGUCGCUGGUGUCACCGCCGCUGUUGAGGCUGUCCGUGCAACCUGCCGCCGUUGCCGCCGCCACCACCACCACCACCACCACCACCAUCAUCACCGCUUUCACCUCCAGCUCCUCCUCCUCCUCUUCCUCGUCCUCCUCCUCAGGAACGAUCCUCCCCUCUUCGCCGGCUCCCAGCCCCCCGCUCCCGCACCUCGGCAGCCCGAGCCUGGCGCCCGCCUCCGCCGUAGCUCGAGUGCGCGUGCACCAGGUGUGGCCGGCGAAAAGCGGCGGGCUGCGGAAGGACGCGCUGCUUUGGCUGCUGCUCGGAGAGCGGGGCUCCGCUUGCGGGAGCGCCUUGAAGGAAGAGAGUCGCUACAUCUUCUUCAUGGAGCCCCUGGGAGCUGCGAGCGGGAACAGCAGUGAGUCGUCGCCACCGCCGCUGCUCUUUCGAGCGUCUUCCCCGCCCCUGGAGACGGGCAGGAAUCUGAAGAAGGAGGUCAGCAGGGCGCUGUGUACCCGGGGAUGUGCUGUGCCUCCUAAAUUGAAGGAGAUGAAAAGUCAAGAAUCUGCUGUGGGUCAGACAUUAGUUCUCAGAUGUGAAGCCAGUUCUGAGCACCUCUCUCUCAAAUUCAAAUGGUUAAAGAAUGGACAAGAAAUAACAAAAAGAAACAGACCAGAAAAUAUCAAGAUUAAGAGUCCCAAAAAACAAAAAACAUUCUCAGAACUCCGCAUUACUAAAGCUUCGUUGGAUGACGCUGGGGAAUAUACAUGUAAAGCAAGCAACAGAUUUGGAGAUGACACUACUAAAGCUCAAAUAACUGUUACAGACACCAGUGAACCCACGGGCAUGAUACCAGUUUUGACAAAAGGAGUAAAUUCAUCCUCACAACUCAUAGACAGGAUUUCUGCCUCUACUGAAGGAACAAAUACAUCUUCUAGUAAGUAUAUAGUACUAGCAGCCUUCAUGAACACAGCACUCUAUUUGUUUCAAUAUAUAUAUACAAAAUAUGUACUAAUUCUUGGGAUAAAAAACUAA